AGAGAAAAUGCUACAAAAAAUGUCAAAUGCGAAAAAUUUGGCGAAAUGUUUUUUUAUAAAAACUUUUCCUUUUUUAUUUUGUCAACAUAUUGUUUUUGCGUAUUCAAGAUACUCUAGACAGAACGACUGGUAUUGUAAAUAUAACUGGUAAACCAAUUAAUAUUGGUGGCUCAUCAAUUGGUGGUAGUACAACUGCAACUGUUUAUUUUAAUGGUUAUAUUGAUCAUUUAAUUAUAACACAACGUGUAAAAACAGCAUGUGAAAUAUUACCAGAUGCAAAAUUAACUGUGUAUUAUCCAUUUGAAAACUCUAUUCAUGAUUAUGGUCCAAAUAUAAUUACUGGUACAUUAUCAAAUGGUACAGGAACAUCGUUCAUAACUAGCGGACGUGUAGAUACAUAUGCAUUACAGUUAAAUAUGACAGAUAGUUAUUUUCGAAUACCAAGUUUAACAUCACUUGGUACAUCAAAUCAAUCAUUUACAAUUGCACUGUGGAUAAAACCAACAGCAUUAAGUGGAACAUUGAUACAUUUAUCAUCUCAAUCGAAUGGUCUAGGUUGGUGUACACCAUUUAUUGGUUUUUCAUCGAGUAGACAACUUAUUACCAAUGUUGUAAGUUCACUGAAUACUGUUAUUUCUGUUGUUGGUCCACAACUACAAUUAACACCAUUUUGGACACAUAUUGCUUAA